AUGAUGGUGCUCUGUUUUCUGGUCAGAGCCCUGCCAGGAGUGAGGCAUUCACCCAGCCCACUGGGGAGACAGCUCUGCUCAGCCAGCUCAAAUAAGCCAGUGUUGACUUUAUUCACCAAGAAACCAUGCCCUCUGUGUGAUGAAGCAAAAGAAGUUCUUGAGCCAUACAAGAGAAGGUUUAUUCUGCAGGAGGUGGAUAUUACCCUUCCAGAGAACUCAGCGUGGUAUGAUAAAUACAAAUAUGACAUACCUGUUUUUCACUUAAAUGGGAAGUUCCUAAUGAAGCACCGAGUCGACAUUCAAAAGUUUGAGGACCGACUUAGGAAGCUGGAGUUUCAAAGUGAGGGAAACCAAUGA